UAACAAACCGCGAGACAACACUUCAGACCCCGACAUGGCGCGAGGAGGGGAGAAUACGGAGGCUCGCACGCGGAUGCAAGACGCGCUUGCGACGGCGGCGGCCACCGGAGACACGGCGCGCGCUGAAGAACUGCUGCGGAAAGGAGCUGACGUCAACGGCACGAACAGGUUCGGGAGAACACCUAUACAGGUUAUGAUGAUGGGCAGUACUCGGGUGGCGCGCUUGCUGCUGUCUUGCGGAGCGGAGCCUAAUGUGUCAGACAGGAGCACAGGCGCGUCCCCCCUGCAUGACGCCGCGCGCGCGGGCUUCCUGGACACGGUGUGCGUGCUGCUGGAGUUUAAGGCUGAUCCGGAGCACAGAGACAAGCGAGGCAGAACACCAGCGGAGAGCGCGUGGGAGGCAGGACACAAUAACCUAGCGGAGUAUAUCAACAACAUCGCAAUCACCUAAACAACAACUAUAAUCAUAACAACAACACGGACUAUAAAAACAACAACACCAACAACGAUAAUAAUAACCUGUUUCAUGAGUAAACUUCACAGAGAAGAACGUUCUCAGUUAUCCAGAUCAAUUGAACGGUGGUGGUUGUGGGUGUGUCAGUAAUGCAAGGUCAGAACACUUUUUGUCCACAGCACACAGAUAGAAACCUUUACCCUAGCAUUAGCCAAGGCUAAGUAGUAAUGCUAGGCUUAUAUAGUGUAGUAUUAUAUAACAAGCUGUAACUUACACAAAUACUUUAAUGUGUUUUGCUCAAAAAUGUGUUCUUUCAGGUUGAUCUGGUUGCUGCAUGCGCAUCCCACUUUUACCGUUACCACUUGGUGACUGGCUGUUUUUUAAGUGGAGGGGCAGAACUUUCCAUAAUAUAGGCAUCAUGUUAAGGGUAAAGUGCUUGCCCAUUCAGAUUCCCAUCAGUGAACUGUCUUCUCCACCUUUGUAAUAUCUCUGAUAUGGUGUAGCAUUAAAUAGUUAUCUAUGAACUAGAGUUGCAAUAAGACUUUAGCUAAAGUCAAUGAGGCUGCAUCCAAAACCACAUAUUAUACCUAUAUUACUAUACAAAACUAUACCGUACUAUACUGCAUUAUACUAUUCUAUACUAUGCUAAUACGUGUACUACUAAAGGGGAUGUCUUAUUUUGACAUGCUGUUUAUUAUGGUAGUAUGUGGUUUUGGACGCAGUCAAUGCUUGUAAAGCUCGAAAUCAAGCCUGUCCAAAAGGAGAAGAAGUAAGGAGCAUUUCUAUUCGGCUUUACUGAAAAAAAAAUUUGAUUUGUGAAUUAAAUGUGUGAAAACUCAGCGCUAAGUGAAGGCUGAUUUUGGGUUCGACCGACAUCAUGACUAAUAAUUUCAAUAAACUCUACUGAGCUGAGUUAUAACUGAAUUGACUCAUUCUGAAAAUUCGUAAUGAAUGGUCAGUAGCGCGCGCGCAGAGUUUACAUCAUACAACCUUUAUUUUAUUACUAAUAAACAUUAUUGUUUUGCGUGCGCAGAGCCGAUACUCAAACGAAAUCUACCUUAUUAUUAUUAUUAUUAUUAUUAUUAUUAUUAUUAUUACUACUACUACUACUACUACUACUAUUUUAAAACUGUUUGUGCAAUUUUACCUUAAAGCUUUAGCUCCUUAUUUAUUUACAGUUUAAAGUGUGUGUGCGCUGAAUGUGAGCUCUAUAGCGGAUUUAUUCUGCAGAAACUGUUUAAAACAGCAGUUUAAGACUGGAGAUUAUUGUAUAUGCUUCACUCAGAAGGUUAUUUAUGAAUAAAAAAAUCAUUGGUUCUUUUAGUUCAGUUAAUUUAACUAUGUUUGCUUUACAAAGCGCUCAAACCCUUUAAUGAGUUUAUUUAGUGCUUUAUUUUAAAGUGAACGAAUAAGCGUUAUUGCGUUUGAGCUUUGUCCUGUAUUUCUGUAUUUUUCUGCUCUCUUGAGUGUAAAAGUCAUCGCUGGUGUCUGAUUUGUAUCUUUGAGGUAUCAGAUUAGAUGAUUAAACUCGCUGUGCUGUUUAUUUUCAGGCUUUGUAUCAGUGCUGUUGUAUGGUGUGUGUCCGUGUUAAUAGGAUUUUAAAAAUGACUAUUUCAUCACACGGACAGAAAUCAAAAUGACUGUAUUUAUUGAUUUUAUUAGCGUACUUUUUUUUUUUCUUCCAAAAUUGUUUUACAUUUUAAGGGCAAUUUAUGAGCGAGAAGACACGAUACUGUAUAAAGUGCUUGUUUUUGAAUUUAUUGUCAAAAUGAUAACAGAAAUGUUGGUCUUUUUUAAAAGUUAUAACAGCAGGUCGGAGAUGUUUCUCUCUCAGUGCAGUUUGAAGUUUGAAGCUAAUUACAGCGUGUGUGUGAAAGAAUGUAAAUAAGUUCUUUAAACUUGAACAUAAACAAAUGAGGGUUUGCAAUACAGGUCAAAUGACUGGAGCUUGCUGGAGUUUGUUUAUUUCAGUUCAUGUUUCAGUUAAAGCUUCUCCAAACAGCAAGU